CUCCCUAAACUCAAACACCUGAUAUAAAAUCUCCCUAGAUUUCUGCGCUUUCAUUCUCUCUCUCUCCAUAUCUCUUCUUCUCAUCUUCUAUCUUUCUUUUCCUCCCAACUGAAGAGAGAGAAAACAAUGCCAUUCUUUUCUCCUUAAUAAAUCUCCCCUUCUUUCUCCUCCUCAACCAAAAAAAAAAAAAAGCAGCCAUGAAACAACACUCAAAAGACUACUACUCAGAUUCCACCUUCAUCAACUAUAUCCCAAAACUCACUUUCUCUCUCUUCAUUUGUCUACUAAUCUCUCUCUUCCUCACUCUUUUCUCUCUUAAAUCUUUGUAUUACUCUCCUAAUAUUACUCUCCAAACCCAAAAUCACAUCUCUCUACCCGAACCUGCUCCCCAACCUCAUCCCGAACCUACAAAUCUUCGACACGUCGUAUUCGGUAUCGGUGCGGCCGCCAACAAGUGGGGCCGCCGUAAAGACUUUAUUAAGCUAUGGUGGCGCCCUAAUAUCACACGUGGCUUCGUCUUCCUUGACCGCCACGUUAACCUCUCGGAAAACGAGGGUCUUGAUGAUUACCCGAUCCUAGAGGUGUCCGAGGACACCUCUAGGUUCGGGUACUCGUAUCGAAGGGGAUCUAGGUCCGCCCUUCGAAUGACGAGGAUUGUAUCGGAGAUGGUUCGGAUGGACCUAGAGGAUGUACGGUGGUUCGUCAUGGGAGACGAUGACACCGUAUUUUUUCCGGAUAAUUUGGUGAAAGUUUUACAAAAAUAUGACCAUAAUAACAUGUAUUAUAUUGGUAGUAAUUCCGAGACACAUAUACAAAAUAUUUAUUUUACAUAUGAUAUGGCUUUUGGAGGUGGUGGUUUUGCUAUAAGUUAUCCUUUAGCUUUGGCUAUUGAAAAAAUGCAAGAUACUUGUAUCCAAAGGUAUACGGGUUUAUACGGGUCGGAUGAUCGGAUUCAAGCUUGUUUGGCGGAGCUUGGUGUUCCUCUCACUAAAGAACCCGGUUUUCAUCAGUGUGAUGUCUAUGGCAGCCUAUUUGGACUCUUAACAGCACAUCCAGUGGCACCAUUAGUUUCACUACACCACAUAGAAAUAGUGGAUCCUUUAUUUCCCUACAUGGGGCGCCUAGAAUCCCUUCAACAUCUUGAAGCUCCCAUGAAACUGGACUCGGAAGCUCUAAUGCAACAAUCCAUUUGCUACGACCGGAGCCGAAAUUGGACCAUCUCCGUCUCCUGGGGUUACGCGGUCCAAAUAAUCCGUGGUUUCGUUACACCCCGAGACAUGCAACGAGCAACUCGAACAUUUCUCAAUUGGCACAAGAGAGAUGAGCCUACAGGGUUUUCUUUCAAUACAAGAUCAUUUAGCAAGCACCCUUGUCAAAAGCCCUACAUUUAUUAUCUUUCUAAUGUGCUGCUUAAUUCCAACGCAAAUGUUACCGUGAGUGAUUAUGUGCACCAACGAAUGCCUCAUCCUUGGUGCUGGUGGAAGGUUGAGAAUCCUGAGAAAAUUCAUAGGGUUGAGGUUUAUAAGAAGCUUAAUCCUCACAAGUGGGAUCAGGCUCCAAGGAGGGACUGUUGUAAGGUGCUAAAUACAGACAAGGAAAGUACAGUGGCAAUUGAUGUAGGGGAAUGCACAGAAGGGGAAGUCAUUGAACCACAUUACAAUAAUAAAACUCCAUAAAAGUUGCAGAUUUGUAAUUUUUUGUGAGCAUUUUUCUCAUGCUUAUUAGUUCCAUCCUAAUGUAGUGAAGAGGUAAUUAUAGACGGGGCAAAUAGAAGCAAAUUUAGUCAUUUACCCUUUUAGAAGUUCAACUUUUGGCGUUUUACCAAUGUAUAUAUGAGAUUAAUAGAUAGCAUUUCACACCCCAAAAUAUGGUCUUGUUACUUUUCAUUGUUGAUACCAUUGAUUUUUUUUUUUUCUUUUAAUCUAUUAGUUUGUUUCAUACAUGUAAUCUUAUUUCAUUAUAAUCUAUAGUACUCGUUUAUAGCUAGACUCCAAAAAUUAAUUAGCCUAAAAACGAGUAAUAUACUAUAGUACUAGUAGAUUAUCAUGUAGUGAAAAUAAACGCUCCGAACUUUUAUCUUAUAUUACGCCCAACCUCAACAAUGAACAGGUGUGAAAGGAAAACAAUCAAUCUCUUCACUUGAUUACAAAUAUGCAGUAUGAAACAAAGUAAUUGAUUGAAUCCAAUGAGUUAAGAUAGAUUAUAGAUUUUCUCAGAAAGACUCUUUUUUUAUAUAUAAAAAAAAUAAU